AUGGCAGAGACGCUCUACCGCUAUGCUCAGCGCGAGCGCUUCUUCUCUGACCAGCCUACUGUCUGGAACGGUAUCGCGCUCCGUCUCUCCAAGGGCCAAUAUGUCUCGUGCCCGUCAGAGGACCCGCGCAUGGACCCCUGGAUCAACGCCCUCGCGGUACUGAAUUGCGAGGCCGCCUGCACUAUCACUUCUACCGUCGUUGCCGGCAUUACCCACACCCUCACACCUGGAACCACCGAGAUUGCCCUCUCUGCCGUCGAGCGCGUUCAAGUUGUCGAGACCAUCGAGGACCUCGCCACGGUACGCAAGGCACAGGGCGCUGCCUUCGUCCGCCCCGAGGCCAGGCUCAUUGUCUGGGCCGACAAGGUCGAAGACCUCAUGACAGCCGCUCGCGCCAUCGACGCCAAGAUGGUUCGCUUCGUCUGGGAGCGCGCCACGGGCAAUAAGUCGAACCUUCCUAUGAGCAACUCCGGCGGGUCCCUCAGCUCAGCAGCUUCGUCGCAGCACAACUUGGUCCCCACUGAGGGCACUCGUCGCGCCGCUGGGGGUGAGCGUCUCAUCACGGUGCAGCCCACGAUCGACGAGAAGAGCGAAGGGAACGUCGAUCCGGAGCAGCUCGUUACCUACCAGGAACGCGACACUCCUCUCCUCGCGCCGCUUCACCACGGUCUUGGCGUUGCCCUCAACGUCGUCAUCGUAUCUCUGCUCAUUCGUGCGCUCAUUUCUGAGACCGCUGUCGACAAUGACUACAUUCGCCUCGCCAUUAUCGCCGCCGCACCUGCCCUUUUCAUGGUUACCCUCUUCUUCUCUGACAACAUCAUUGGCGGUCUUCUCCAAAUUCUUGGCCCCAUUCGUCAGAUGUCCCUCAACACUCGCUACUACUCUGGUGUCGCGCCUGAGCGCAUGACCGGUGUCCUGCCGCACGUCACGAUCCAGAUGCCCGUGUACAAGGAGGACCUCGAGGAAGUCCUCGCUCCCACCAUUGAAUCCCUCAACAAAGCCAUCCAGACCUACGAGCUCCAGGGCGGAACCGCCUCAAUUCUCGUCUCAGAAGACGGUCUCCUCCUUGUCAGCGAGGAAGAGCGCCAACGCCGCCUGGACUACUAUGACCGAAACCAAGUUGCUUGGGUUGCUCGCCCUGGACACAACGUCGAUGGCUACAUCCGCAAGGGUCGCUUCAAGAAGGCCUCGAACCUCAACUUCACCUGCGCCGUCUCCCUCGCCGUUGAGAACAUUCUCGUCGAGAGGCGUCCCGCGGACCUGUCCGAGUGGACCGAGGCCGACGAGAACAAACUCUACGAGGAGGCCUUCCAGGAGGCUCUCGCUGCUGCCCACCCUCUGGCCCGCGGCUCUGGCAACAUUCGCAUCGGCGAGCUCAUCCUGAUGAUCGACUGUGACACUCGUGUCCCUACCGACUGCUUCCUCGACGCCGCCUCAGAGAUGAGCCAGUGCCCCGACGUCGGUAUUCUCCAGCACUGCUCUGGUGUUAUGCAGGUGACCAAGAACAACUACUUUGAGGCCGGCAUUGCCUUCUUCACUCGCACCGUCAACUUCGCAAUCUCUUGGGUCGUCGCCAACGGUGACCUCGCUCCAUUCAUGGGACACAACGCCUUCCUCCGCUGGUCUGCUCUUCAAGAGGUCGCGCAGGUCGACCCUGAAGACGGUGUCAAGAAGGUCUGGGCCGAGACUACUGUAUCUGAGGAUUUCGAGAUGGCUCUCAAGCUGCUCAUGAAGGGCUACAUUGUCCGCUGGGCUACCUACUCCAACCAAGCCUUCGAAGAGGGUGUCUCGCUUACCUGCGAUGAUGAGCUCAACCGAUGGCAGAAGUACGCCUUUGGUGUCUCCGAGCUUGUCUUCCGACCGAUCAAGGACAUCUGGCGUGGUCCCAUCACCCCUCUCUACCGCAAUUUCAUGUGGGCCAAGGGCAUUCCCAUCCACUACAAGUUCUGCGCUACCUCGUACAUCUUCUCCUACUACGCCAUCGCUGUCGCUCUCCCCCUUACCAUCAGUCUCUCCGUCGCUCAGGGCUACUUUGCACCUACUCUCAGCCAGGCCUUUAUCCAGCCCUUCCGCAUCUUCGUCGCCGUCAUCGUCGUAUUCAAUGGUCUCAACCUCUUUGGCCAGGUCAUGGCCAAGUUCCGCAGUCGCUGGUACUCUCUGGGCACGGCGCUCAAGGAGCAUCUCAUGUGGUUGCCCUUCAUGCUUAUUUUCUUCACUGGCCUCUCGUACCAUGUUCUCACGGCCGUUCUGGCUCAUCCAUUGGGCUACAACAUGACCUGGGGAUCUACAAACAAGUCUCUGGACGACUCCAACUUCUUCAUCGAGCUGCCUGCGAUCUUCAAGAAGUACUGGCGCAUGCUGAUUGUCGCCGUGGUUACCAUUGCCGGCUUCAUCAUCAUCUCAACGACACUGCUUCCCAUCGAAUGGCAGCUGCACGGCGGUGCCACAGUACUCUUCUGCCCCAUCUGGCUGGCUGGCGGCCACAUUCUCUACCACAUCGCCCUCAACCCCCAGCUGCUGCGCUUCUCCUUCUGA